GCGACCUUUGUUGGCGAUAGCUGUAGUACAGACCAGAAAAUGGCGUCGUUUCGCUAUACUCACGCCGUGGUCAGUCGAAUUCCCCUUUCAUUGAGAACCCGCGGCGAAAUUGAUUUAGAAGAAGCGAAAAAAGAGCACGAAAAUUAUGUCAGAUUAUUGAGAGAAUUGGGAUUGGAUGUCAUAGAACUGCCACCUGACGAGGCUCUACCUGAGUGUGUUUUUGUUGAGGACUGUGCUGUCGUAUGCAAUGGAACAGCACUUAUUACUAGGCCGGGAGCUACACAUAGACAGAAAGAAGUCGAAACAAUACGGGUAGUGCUAAAAAAGGAACUAGAUAUACCAAUAAUAGAAAUGUCUGAUAAAAAUGCUAGAUUAGACGGAGGCGAUGUGCUAUUUACGGGUAGGGAAUUUUUUGUCGGGAUCUCUCACUGGACAAACGAAUCAGGAGCUCGAGCAGUGGCAGCAGCCUUUCCGGAGUACCCUUGCACCCCCAUAAAGGUUCCUGAACCAAAACACCUAAAAUCCUACAUAACAAUGGGUGGUCCAGAUCUCCUCUGUGUAGGAGUCGGUAAAGAGUCCCAAGAAGUCCUGAAACGAAUGGAAAGAGAAGCUACUUUCAGUUAUCAGACACUCACUUUGCCAGAAGAUGAGGCUGCCAAUGUUCUGUAUUUGAAUGGCACGCUUGUGCAUCGGACACCUGAGGAAACACCAUUAUCAUUCAAGAUUUUUGGAGAAAAAAUAGAUUAUCCAAGACGAUCAAUAAACAUCACUCAACUUUCCAAACUUUCAAGCGGAUUAUCGUCGAGCUGCUUGCUGGUAAAAAGGUCGAAACAUAUAAGAAGCCUCUGAAAAGUUUAUAAACUUUUAUUGCAAAUAAUUUUAUCAAAUAUUGUCUACCACCUUUAAGUCUUCAAUUUUGCUGUGACCCCAAUGAUUGUUCUUCAGGGUGAAUUUAGGCAUUUUAAAUGAUAAUUGCGCACUUCCUCCUCAGCUCUCUAUUAUUAUCAUUUCAUUUUAUUAUAACAUUUGAGUAUUAUUAAAAUUAAAGAGGAAGACAUGUGUGAGACACGGAAUGUGUAUUUUCAAAUUUCUCGUUAUAAGAAAAAGAAAUAGUUUUCAAGUUGGUUGUAGGUAAAUCUCUAUACAAAGAUUAUUACUUAAGUGUUCAAGUCGGGAAUUUAAACCAAAGGGCAAUGGGCUCUUUCACUAAUUUUUGAAAUUGAAAUAUUUGGAUAAAGCAACUAAAAACAGAAUUUUCAGUAUUUUUACUUUUGAAUAAUUCAUAGUCCUUGAAAGAACAGAAAAAAAAGAAUUACUUCCCAAUAAAAACCCAGAACUUAUUUCUAUGAUGUUGCAGCUAGCAAUUUGACCGUGUUGUCAGUAAUUGACCUUUUCAAUUUAAAAGCCUCUCUUUCUGGCAUCAAACUGUCAGACGCCAAAAGAGUAUGAAAACAAUGGUUGACAGCCGUUGACAGUGGUUUGUAGACAAGACUUUUGAGAGAAACUAUUAUUUCCUCGGGUUUUUCAAGGUUUUUUCUUAACAAUGGUGAUUGUGUGUAGUGUGCCUAUCCAUAAAACUAGUUCUUAUUUAUUCCUAUUCACCGGCGGACGUGUUUUUCCAUAAGUUUCCAUCAAAUCCUACAUUUGUCAAAACUUGGAUACACAAAAUCAGUAUGCAGAAAGGAUACUCGCAAAAGAAAGGGAAAUCCACGGCCCAUCAAGUAUACAAAGUAAUCCACGUUCAAAUUUAGUUUACAGAAACUGUUUGCUUCCAAAAUAAUCCACCACCGGCUCCAUAGCGAAGUUCUGCGAAUGAAGCAGUGACUUUUCCUACAUUUUCUUCCCAUUUUCAAACCCUGCAUUUUUAUUAUCAAAUUUCACCGAUGGAUCCAUCAUUCUAUGUCGGUCAUUGUCAUUUUCCAUUCACUUAACAAAGAUAGCUAACUCAUUGGUUCAUAUAAAAAUGAGGGGAUUGCUAACACAAAACAUCCCAAUACACAUUGACAUUGACAAGCAAGCAAAUUUUGGCGGGAAAACGAAUGUUUUCAUACUUAUUGUCCAUCUCUUUUAAUUGAAAACGUCAAUUGUCAACAUUGAAAAUUUGUAAUAGAUUUGAUUCUGAAAUGUUGGCAAAAUGUUAUGAAAAGUAGUUAAAUUAAUUAGUUGUGGAUUCAAGAUUUUAUAACUUUUUUAUUGAAAUUAUGCUUAAACACAAUUUAAUACAAUUUUUUAUGUUUAAUUUUUUUUUUUUUUUUACGUUGCACUACAUUUAGUCACCACCGACAACAGCGCAUUCGGACCUUUACCUGCUUUUACUACAGGGUCACAGCCCUGGCGGUCAGCUCGUUGCAACAACGAGCGAAAUGAAAAAUAUUUAUGGGACGUCAGCAAAUCGGCGCGUUUUAAAUCAUUUUGAAUUUCGCCAUUUUCAAAUGCCUGUAAAAAACUUAUUUAACCUUGUACAACAUUUUUUUUUGGUAUAUAUGCCUGAAAUAGUUCCUCCUUUGGUAUUUUAUACCUAAAUUACGUAUUUAAAUUUUAGUGAAAGAGCCCAUUGUAAAACAAAAUUGGACGUUUCUUGUUGGCUAACUUUAUAUACUUCUAACGCCAAUAAGAAACGUUUUUGUUGACUGCUGAAUCAACUUCACUUCUCUUUAUUUGUUCACCUUGUACGAGAAAGUAUAACUUUUUCUACUUGUUGUAUACCUAAAUAGGUUGCUAUUUGAUAUUUAAAAUGCCUAGUGCCCACUUGCCCAUAAUUUUCAAAUAUACUAUAUUCUAUAAAUGUGAAAUUAAAAAUUCGUUAUUGUUACAAUGUUACAAACAUAAAGGAAAUUGUAUUUAGAAUGUGAAAACUGUAAGUCUGUAUAAGUUUUCAUUUAUGAAACUUUAGCAAUAUUUUAGAUUUAGGCUAGGAUUAUGCAAUUCCUUUGAUUUAUAUUUAUGUAUAUGUUAUGUAUUUAUACCAUCUGAAUAGAUGAACAUUAUGGAAUUGUUUUAAUCCUGGAAGUACUUCACCUAUGUAAAAUUAAAAUUUAAAUAUUUUUUUUAUUGGUUUAAUAUUGUUUAACGAUAUUAUAUACUUAUGCAUUUUAAUUUAUUGGCAUUCCACGUCUAUACUGACUAUAAAAUUUGCAGCUAAAUAAGGCAACUUUAUACAGAAUACAAUAAUUAUUAUUGAACUCUGGUGCUUUCUAAAAGUCUGUUUUAUAGUGUUUACCUUACAUUUUUAAUUUUUUCAUUGUUAUUCUUUAUUUAUUUUUGGUUCUCUGAGCAGAAGGUAGCGUAGGAAAUAGAAUAUUUUGUCUGAUGUUGAGAUACCUAAAUGCUGAAAUCCCUCCCAGUGUAAGUAUUUAGAUUCAUUCCAUAUUUAGUAUUUAAUUUAUUUUUGUAAAAAACAAACUAAAACUAGGAUAGUUCAAAUGCAAUCUUGAAGAUCAUUAGAUAUUUUAUGUAUUUGUUCAUAAGUAUAGAAUCAAUAUCUAGUUGUGUAUUUGAAUAUACAUUUUAUUUUGUGAUUUUAUUUUUAUCUUCUUGUUUUUGUGAAUUAAUAAAUAAAUAAGAUUAGAAGAAUUCAGUUUUUGUGGCAUUUGACACUUUUGAACCGCCUCUUAAAACUUUAUUAACAAUACUACUGCGGAAACUAAGCCAUUAUGGUAUCCGAGGGCGGGAGCUCGCAUGGUUUGGAUCGUAUUUGUCUGGGAGAAAACAAUUUGUAUGAAUACCAAACAGGAAGGACUCAGAAACUCUAAAUCUAUCUCGCGGUGUGCCACAGGGGUCUG